AUGUUCCACAUGAUUUGUAGCGUUUCGGAUACGCAGUUUCCAGUGGUUGUGAAGGAGAAUAAGGACGGAUCGAAGCAGCCUCUCAUCAUAACUCCUGAGUUGAGACGUUCUGCUGAGAGACCCGCAGGUUUAGCUGUGGCAGCGCUCAAGACGCUGUUAUCCAGAACUAUGUCAACAGCUGUCAUUGAGGAUAUGAAUCAGGCGAGAGGAUGGACUGAGUGUCUUGAUCGAGAGUUGUUCAUAGGCGCGAUUACAGUAUUGGUUCGUUCCCUGGUAGAACACCGACCAGAAUGGGUGGAUUCGCUAGCAAGAAGUGUGAUGGAGAAGUCAAGCCAUGAAAGAGAGCCGAUGCGUCUGGCAGCUGUGAUUGUGUCUUCAGCGCUUGUGAAGAAAUCUCCGGACUCCAAUGGAGACUUCAAUGAGAAAUUGCUAAUUGACAGCGUGCGUUUGUUGGAGAAUUCUCUCACAGAUCAGAGCUUGCGGAUACGGAAGUUUAUUUCUUUGUUUAGCUAUGCGUCCGUGGCUUGGGUGAGUUAUCGGAAUGCUCAUCGGAAUCGAUCGCGGAACGGAUUUGCGAGCAUUGCAGUUGAAGCUGCAAUGGGAGGACUUGAUGAUCUUGGAGACAAAAACGACACGGUAGCAAUGGAGUCAAUAGUAGCUCUGAACAAGCUCGUCUCAAAGACGAAUGACGCUCAACUGCAUUCGAUACUUCGACAGGUCCUUUUGAAGAUUCGUCCUUGUUUCGAGAAGGAAUCGGCACCAUUACGGGCAGCAUCAUUUAGCCUCUUCGGCGAGUUGGCGGCUCGUAUUGGUGGCGAGAACGAAGAAUUUAUGUCACAUCUUCACGCAAACAUCGUCGCGCUUCUCCUGCAUCUCAACGAUGAGGACGAAAACGUGAGAAAGCAAGAAACUGUUGUUCGUGAGGCGAUGCUUGAAACCAUGCGGCUAAUAGCCAUUUCCAUACAUCCAUCAAGACUACCUGGAGACUACAGAUUUGAUGCUCGAAAUGAAUUGAUUGGAUAUAUCAAGGAUUACGUGCAAAGCGAGACACCUGAAAUGCUGUCUAGCUCUCUCCGGCUCCUGGCGGCAAAAGCUACUGCGGCUCUUGUACGCCUCGAACCUGCUCUGAGUGACGAUGAUGUUUGGGAUUUGGGUUGUGUAUUGACGCAGUAUAUUUUGCCCAUGUGUCGUGAGAAGAGCGGACUGAAAACGUUGGCCUAUGACUUGUUCGACUACGCAUCGACGUCGAUUUCAUCGUUUACGUCGUCUAGUAGCCGUGCCAGUACAAAGAAGAUUGAUGAUGACGAAUCCGCGACAAUUAUGGAUGCUACGGUGGCGCAAUACGGAAACGCACUGGAAGCGAUAGUCGAAAUGCGACCGACCGUUGGUACAGUUACACAGCUGCUGAAGAUGCUGCUGCCUUAUUACGGAAAACUGGCUGAACAUGAACGUAGCAGGUCGAUAGAUGCCACUGUACAAGUUUUACGUGUGUAUCUGGACAGAGCUGAGGAUAUAAGCAUAGGAAUAGCGAGUGAUUUUGGACCGUUGUCAUCGUUGUUAGCCCGACUUACUCCUCGUUUGGUUGAUUCGUUGGCGCUUGUACGUCAUCAGUCUCUUGUGGCUAUUCAUUACGCAUUUCGUCUUGCUAAUGCGUAUAAGGGCCAUGGCACGCUCACAGAUUCCACACUGUUCAGAAUUGAUGAAUUUGCCCGGACGUAUCUGAAUAAUGAAGGUCGUCUCGAUGUUAAUGAUGCUAAGAAAGCAAUAAGGAAAAUGGCGGAGGUGAGUGGAACAUUCCUGAAAUGGUUUUUCCCCGUUUACUGGCUUCAUGACCUUGAGCUGCUGGUUAAGGUAAUAGAGUCGCGCUUACCACAAUGCCAGAUGCAGACCUAUCUGUCAGCGCUAUUCGAGAUGUUGACAGAUCGUCAGAGUCAGGUCUCGUCAGCUGCCGCUCAGUUGCUCACAUAUGCCCUGACGUGUCGUGGAGCGGUUCUUGUCCACGAGGCUGAUACAUUGGUGACAACAAUACUCGCUCGAUUACCAGAAGUGCAUUCCUGUGUGCAAACCUACACCGACUUGAUGGCAGCGCUUGUUGCAUUUGCCACUCAUCAACAAACGGUCGUGUGUGAUGUGAUGUUACGCCAACCGCUGCCGUAUUCUGUGCAGCUUUUGGAUGCAUGGGAGUGCUUGUCCAGAGAACGGUCAUUGUUCGUAAACACUCUUGAUUAUCUUCUGGAACUGCUAACAGGCGCGCUGGAACAUCCGUAUGACGUUAUGGAUACUGGAGGCGGUAGCUCUGUGAAGAUAGUUCACGUAGAACCGUGCCAGUAUACAGCUGCUAUUACGGAAGUUAUCAAGCACGGAGAACCAGAAUGGACAUUAUAUGAGAGAGUACCGGUGCUUAUCGCCGCAAUGUUUCACAUGAUUUGUAGCGUUUCGGAUACGCAGUUUCCAGUGGUUGUGAAGGAGAAUAAGGACGGAUCGAAGCAGCCUCUCAUUAUAACUCCUGAGUUGAGACGUUCUGCUGAGAGACCUGCAGGUUUGGCUGUGGCAGCGCUCAAGACGCUGUUAUCCAGAACUAUGUCAACAGCUGUCAUUGAGGAUAUGAAUCAGGCGAGAGGAUGGACGGAAUGCCUUGACCGAGAGUUAUUCAUAGGCGCGAUUACAGUAUUGGUUCGUUCUUUGGUAGAGCACCGACCAGAAUGGGUUGAUUCGCUAGCAAGAAGUGUGAUGGAGAAGUCAAGCCAUGAAAGAGAACCGAUGCGCCUGGCAGCUGUGAUUGUGUCUUCAGCACUUGUGAAGAAAUGUCCGGACUCCAAUGGGGACUUCAAUGAGAAAUUACUUAUUGACAGUGUACGGUUGCUGGAGAAUUCUCUCACAGAUCAGAGCUUGCGAAUACGAAAGCUAUGCGUCCGUGGCUUGGGUGAGCUAUCCGAAUGCUCAUCGGAAUCGAUCGCAGAACGGUUCGCGAGCAUUGCAGUUGAAGCUGCAAUGGGAGGCCUUGAUGACCUUGGAGACAAAAAUGAUACGGUAGCAAUGGAGUCAAUAGUGGCUUUGAACAAGCUCGUCUCGAAGACGAAUGACGCUCAGCUGCAUUCGAUACUUCGUCAGGUUCUUCUGAAGAUUCGUCCAUGUUUUGAGAAGGAAUCGGCACCAUUACGGGCAGCAUCGUUUAGCCUCUUUGGCGAGUUGGCUGCUCGUAUUGGUGGUGAAAACGAAGAAUUUAUGUCACAUCUUCACGCAAACAUCGUCGCGCUUCUCCUGCAUCUCAACGACGAGGACGAAAACGUGAGAAAGGCAUGUAGUACGACAUUCAAUCAAGUACACCCAUUAUUCAAUGUGGGAACCUUUUCGUCGGUUGUCGAAAGGGAAAUGAAAGGUGGCAGAUUACCGGCCAGUUAUACGGCAGUGCAACGGGAUCUGGCUAGUGUUUUGGCGUUAUCAUUUCCUGAUCGAGUAAAUCAAUACGCGUUGACGUGCAGUAAUUACUUCAAAAGUUCGAAUGCACGUAUCCGAGCGAACGCAGCCCUUCUGACUGGUCAUAUGCUGGGAGUUUUGACACCACAACUGCGGGCCAUCAUCAGCAAAGAUCUAGUCUUCUCUAGUCUUGUUCUGCUUCUGCGAGACCCAGAAGAUGUGAGCGUAAGGAUAGCUGCCGCCAAAGCUGUUGGAAGCCUCCAUGACUUUGCUUAG